AGGUGCUUUCUUGAUUCCCUACAUGAUCAUGUUGUUUCUCUGUGGUAUCCCACUGCUGUUCAUGGAGUUCACUGUUGGUCAGUACACCCGUUUGGGCCCAGUCCACGCUCUGGCUCAAAUAUGUCCACUUUUCAAAGACAGAGAUAGUCUACCCGGUCAAAUCUUUUGGGUCCGUCCUUUGAUAUAGCGCUCAUUUCAGCCGAUUACGGCACCUUGCUAGCAGAGGGACUGGAGCAGGUAGUUCUUUCUGUAUAUUCUUUUGACUGAAAUGUACUCUAGUGUCAAAUUCUUUGUGAUUUUUCUGACGACCCUCCAGCAAAAGUGAGUAAUGGACCAUUCUGUUGCUCUACUAUUUACUCUAAUGUUGAUUUACUGUCCAUCUUGUAAAAAUAUUUGGAAUGGAUUGGAAUGACUGAUUGUGCACUCUUCCAUAACAGGAAAAAGAGAGAGUGAUUUGUGCAUGUGUUUAUGUUUAGUCAUACAGCACUAAUGUGUUUAUACUUGAUCUAGGACUGCAUGUGGUUCCAAAGGGAAGAUGAAUUUAAUGUUAAUAUUUUCUGUACAAGAAAUCAGAUGGAUCACAAAGUAGACAAGGUCUUCUUAGAAUUAAAUUAUAUUUAUUUCUUAAAAACAAAUAAGAUGAUUUAAGAAAUGAACAGGUGCUUUUCAGUAUCUGCUUAAAUCAGCUGUCUAUAAUACAGUAUUUUCCAUCUAAAUUAGAUCAUAAUUUACAAAGCCAGUCUUCCUGCCAAUUCCUAGCUUUAAGUUAUAACCAAAAAAUACAAUAUAUUAUAACAUAAAAUAUAUUAUAACCUACAAUACAUUUUUAUUGAAAUAAUAAAAAUUGACAUGACAUAAUGCCUCCUUUAUAGUAAUAUGUGAUGCUCUCAAUUAGAAAAGCAUACAAACAAUUUAAUGACUUAAAGUUUAUGUAAUGUAACAUGUGCUAGAUUUGACCAUUGUCAUAGCCGUAAUAAUGUUCACAAUUACUGUUGAUUUUGGAUUUCCAGUUGGGUAAUCAAUGAUCCUGUAAUGGCCAUGGCAUUAAAUAUUACUAAAGCAGUGGAAUUUUUAAGGCUUAAAAUCUGGACCAACCACUGUGUCUGACCUUAAAGGGCACCUCAGAACGUGCCAACAACAACAUUCCUGUUUUCAGAGCUUGCUGCUAUUCAGGGCUAAAACGACUAGUGAACAUUCCAUGUAGACAGUGAAAAAAGUCACACAAUACCAAGAUCCACAGAGAGUGAUGAUAACUAAUCCAAGGACUUAAAGCUGGCAUCAAAACAGGGCAAAAACAAAAUCUAUGGGUUGUUGUCCUUCUAAAGUGUUGCUUUGGGUCACAAAAUAACUGGGUCACAUUAAAAAGACUUGCAUCUGGAUCCGUAACUAUAAGAACUAAAUGGCUUGGCAAGUAAAUCAUUAUUGGACUACUAAGAAUAGCUUCAGCAGUUUUCUGUUUUUUUUUGCUUUUUUAAUGGAAAAACCCUGGUGGCUGAAUGGGUCUUGUUAUAAAUGUUUAUUUUUUUCUUUGUGUUCAUAUUAAAUGUCUAAAUCAAAUUAUCUUCCACUCCUGGCUUCUUUAGUCUUGAUUGCAGCAUGACAAUAGUGAGUCAAAAUUACUGGAAGCAAAGCUGCUGUCUUAGAUUCCUGUUUGUUUGUUCUUUUCAGGAUGUGAUAAUGAAUCACUGAGAAAAAGAAAUACUAUUGUGCUAGCCAGUAGUUCUCCUUAAAAAGUUAGUCAAACGCAGUUACCAACAUUAACAGGUUGCACAAACCAUUUUUCUAACCCAGGCUCAUUCUGAAAACGUACUGCUAUAUACGUUUCUGGAGACCACCAAAUACAUGGCAGGAACUCCGUUUUUUGCAGUUUUUGUUUUCACAAAUGCACGAGAGGCCGCUGUAUAUGUAUUUUGAGAUCUCAAAUUUCCCUCGCGAGUGCCAUUCAUGCCUGCUGUUCUCACGUAAAUCCACCAGAGGCUGCUGUUGACUGAAUGACUGACUGCCUGACAGACUGACUGAUCGAAUGACCCACUGUCCUUCUUCCCUAAACCCAACCAACAGUAUUUUAAAAAACACAGACUGACCCGCCCACCCACUUUUCUAAAUCCAACUGACAAAAUUGAAAAAGCAAUAAAAAAAAAAAAAGAAACGCGGAAAGGAACGCCGUCAUACUGCCCCAUGGCGUUUGGUAUAAAAAUUAAAAGUGAAACGUAAAUAGGGCUACGCUUUCAGAAUGAGCAUGUGUUGCAUUUUUCAUAACUUUUUCAUAUAAAUAAAAGCUUAUCCCAUGGACCAUUUAAUACCCUGCAAUUUUAGCCCAAGGAUAAAUCAGAAUCGCAUGAUAGCGGAGAAGCUCUACAAAUCGUCUUUAGCUCUUCAAAAUUGUGUUUUUGAAAUCUAAGCUAAGUAUAAGAUCGAAGAGCCUUACUGGAUUCAUUCAUGCAAUCCUCAAUAAAAAACUAGCCUUUCUAAUUCAGAUCUCUCAGAAACCUCUUGCAUAAGGUCUCUGGAGGCAUAAGAAGCCCUGCUGUUUUGGACGACCAUCAAAAAUAUUCACUAAGAAGGGAUAACAAAAGGACCCUGAGAAACUGAGGAGAAGUUUUCUUUUGUUGGUGCAUGUUUGGAAAUGCUGUCAAAUAGAGCUCUCUUAAUAUAACUUGACCUAACUUAAAACAAAAACAGCUGUUUUGAAGAUUUGUUUUCUUCUGUUCUUGUGGAACUCAACAGAAACUGGAACUUUAACCUACUUUUUUAAAGGUGCAAAGUUUAAAAACUAAACAUCUCAAAGCCUCUCAGGAGCCCUAGGUGCUGUGGACGUGGUGGUAGAAAAGGGUGGCAUCCUCUUACUCUUUGUUUGUCUGUCCUUAGGUGUGGGACUCGCCACAGUGGUGAUUUCUUAUGUGCUCUGCACCUACUACAACGUGCUCAUGACCUGGGCUCUGUACUACUUACUUCAUUCAUUCAGUCCUUCAUUACCAUGGCAGUCCUGCAACAACACUUGGAACACAGUUGCCAACUGCUCCACUGGUUUUCCAGGCAAUGCUACACAUCUGCAAUCAGCCAGUCAACAGUUCUUUGAUCAUAAGGUGCUAGAAAUGACCUCUGGGAUUGAGCGUGCUGGAGGGGUUCGCUGGGAACUCUUUGGCCUUCUAGUCCUGGCCUGGGGCAUUGUUUAUUUCUGUAUCUUUAAAGGGGUCAAAUCCACCGGAAAGGUUGUGUACUUCACUGCAACAUUCCCUUAUUUUAUAUUGUUUGCAUUGCUGGUUAAUAAUGUCCAGCUGCCUGGAGCAAAAAAUGGGAUCCUCUUCUUUCUCAUGCCAAACUGGAGUAAACUGCUGGAAGUGCAGGUGUGGGUCAAUGCAGCUGCUCAGAUCUUUAACUCCAUUGGCAUCUCCUUUGGUUCCAUGAUAUCUAUGGCCAGUUACAACAAAUACAACAACAACAUCCUUAGGGACACAUUUAUUGUCUCUUUGGCUAAUUCAGCCACAAGCAUUGUGGCCGGCUUUGUUAUUUUCUCUGCCAUCGGGUACAUGGCCCACAUUCACAACCUACCUGUAGAUGAUAUCGCCACAGAUGGGCCUGGUCUGGUGUUUGUGGUGUAUCCUGAGGUGUUCUCCACCAUGCCAGUUUCUCAGCUCUGGGCUCCUCUGUUUUUCAUCAUGUUGCUGUGCCUCGGACUGGACAGUCAGUUUGCCAUGGUGGAAGUGGCUGUGACCUUCAUCAUGGAUGGUUUUGGCAGGAAGGCUUUGAAAGUUUUUAAGAGGAAGGAACUGAUCGUUCUGGCCGUUUGUAGCUUUGGCUUUCUGCUUGGGAUUCCACACAUUACAAGGGGUGGGAUAUAUGUGUUUCAGCUGAUGGAUCACUACACAGCUGUGGUGUCUCUGAUGUUUCUGGCCUUCUUCGAGGUGCUCGCCGUCACUCUCAUAUUUGGAGUGAAGCGGCUCAGUGUAAUGGUGGAGAACAUGCUGGGAAAGAAACCUAACCUCUUUUUCCGAAUCUGCUGGCAGUACUUGUCACCUAUGCUUGUGCUGGGUAUUCUGAUCUCCAGUAUUGUCCAGUAUACUCCGGCUCGAUACGGCAAGUCCUACACGUACCCGCUGUGGGCAGAGUUGUUGGGCUGGUUCAUCUCUCUGGUCUCUAUCAUAUGGAUUCCUCUAGGGGCUCUUCAUGAGCUUUGGACCACCGAAGGCUCUCUGCUGCAGAGGUUGAAAAAAUCCAUAACUCCGACUGUAGAUCUGGAGUCCGUUUCAGAGAAACCAUCUACUGAGUCCAUCGCACUGUUUAAUGCUCCAUAGAAACUAGUGUGUGUAUGUGUGUGUUUCUGUGUGUCUAUGUGUUUCUAAAAUGUUCAUUCAUAAGAAGUACAAAGAUAAUCUGCUUAAACGGUAAAAACUGUUUUUACUAGUGUAUGUAUAUUUCAGAUUAUUGCUCGAGAGAACUCAAUGCUCAAAAUGGUCCCAGAAUUACAAAUGGCAUGAAUAAUAAUGCCAUCUUUUUUAUAACUGAGUUUUUUAAUAUGUAUUUAUUAUUUGAUUGUGACAGCUGUCUAGAGUAAAAAAACAGAAAAACUUAAUGUCAAACAUUAAAGAUAUUAUGCAUAUUUUUCUUCAAGUUAAGAAAUGUAAAAUAUAUCACAACCUAAAGACAGAGAAAUAUGAUUUUUGUUGUUUUUUCCACUGUGUUUUCAUAUGCUCCGUUAAGCUUUUAAAUGAUCACGUUUUGAGCUUUAGCUUUGCUGAAAUAUUUCCUUUGAUACACUGAUUUAAAGACUGACAGAACCCUAAGAUUAAGUUGAUUAUUAGGGACAAACUUGAUUUUACAAAAGAUUAUUUAAGAAGUCAGAAUCUGAUGCCACUGCACUGUCAAACACCUGCGCAAACAAAAAACAAGCAAAGAAAUUUAUUAUGUUUAAUUUUAUUAUGUUAAUUUUAUUAUGUUAGUUUAUUAUGGCACAGCAACAUCCACAUUAACAAGCUUAAGAAAAUGUAGAUUUUAUAGAUCAUGGAAAAAAGAAAGAAAUGCAGUGUUUUCUGACGCCUUCGUGUUCACGAUCACAACAGAACAAUAUUUUACAGCUGCUUUAAACUCCUGCAGGUUUUGCCCUCUACUUUGUUACUUGAACUGUGGCACAUAUUCUAUAUAGUGUAAACAUAUUCAGAUUGUUUAUCGAUGAAAAAAAAAACUGCACAAGUUUACAAAAAAAUUGAGUAAAAUAAAAAUUGUUGUACUGUAAGUAAAAAUGUGUGUGCCCUUUUUAGCAAGCACUUUGUUGUCACCUUAAAGGCCUAAGCAUUCUGAUAAAUAGGGGUUGUUAAUAAAUAAACAUGUUUACUGUUUUUACUAUUUUCUUUUUUAAUAAACAGUUUUGCAGAUUAGAAAUUGCUUUCACAAUGGUGAGCCAAAGUUUAUAUCAGAAUAGCUUUGAGAUUAAAAUGAGAGGAAUGCAUAUUUAAAACUUAAAAUAUUUUGUUUUAAAUGAACAAUUAGUAAGUUACCAGAGAAAAUGGUGUACACUGAAUGAUUAAAAUUUAAGUCUGUUUUAGUAAGGAGACAGAACAAAGCAAUAUAGAUGUUGUAGAAAUAAUCUAAUGAGAAAACAUUUCCAGCAAGCAUUUUUUGUUUUUAAAAGAUAUCUAAUAGACGUCUAAACAUAGUCGUCUUGGCUAAAACAAGGCUAAAUUUGGGCUGUCAGUGAAAAACUAAUUGACAUCUAAGAAUAGACCAAAACUAGACUAGUCAUCAAAUAAACAGAAAUGAAUGACUACACAUAUGAAGUCUGUCUGAUCUGAUCUAAUCUAAUUUGACGACUAGUCUAGUUUUGGGCUAUUAUACAAUCUUUAUUAGCUUUUCACUGACAGCCUAAGUUUAGCCUUGUUUUAGCCAAGCUGUCUACAUUUAGAUGUCUAUUAGACAUCCAUUUAACACAAAAUAGUUUGCUGGGUUAUUACUGCUGUCAUUUCUUAAUGCAUACGAUAUGCACAUGUCAUAUUUUUGUGUUUAUUUUGUGUUAAACCUAGUUUUGUUUUGUUAAAACCAAAAGUAUCUGAGAAGGAUAAUUAUUCAUAAUCACUGUUGUUUUCUAAUUUGUCAUGGAUUGUGUAUGAAAAUUAUGUUUUUUUAAAAGCUUUUUUCAAAUAUAUAUUUAAACAUUUUCUUUUUUUUUGUCCUAUGACUGGCAGUUUUAUAUGCAAGUUGUCUUAUUAAAAUAAAAGGCAUUGUUUUGUUGUCA